AUGGAAACAUGUUUUACCAAUUCCAAACACAAAAAGUUGAAAUGUAAAUAUUAUGGGGAAUAUUUUAGUGGAGGAGUUUAUCGAAUCAAACAUCAUUUAUCUGGAACUAGUAGCGAUGUCAAACCUUGCAGAGUUGUUCCAGGUGAAGUUAAGAAGGAAAUAGUAACUGUUGUUGUGGAAUUCCAGACUAAAUUGAUUCAGAAAUUAAAUUUUUAUGAAAUUCAAGAUCCUAAUAUUGUUGGUGGAUCAUCCAUCUUCCUUGCAAAGAGAAAAAGCCAAGAAGAAAUUCUGAACACUUCAAAUAUGUUUAAGAAAUAUGGAAAAAGGAAAUGCGAGAGGAUGGUUGCUUGGAAGAAGUUAGGUUGCACCAUAAGGACUGAUGGGUGGACUGAUAGGAGAAGAAUGACUAUACGGAAUUUUUUGGUGAAUAGUCCUAAAGGAACUAUUUUUUUGAAAUAUAUUGAUGCAUCAGACAUAAUCAAUAUUGUAGACAAUAUGUUUAAAAUGAUUGAUGAUGUUGUUGCGGAAGUUGGGGAAGAUAAUAUGGUACAGGGUGUAACGGACAAUGCAGCGAAUUACAAAGCAGCAGAAGAUUUGUUGAUGCAAAAUCGGAAGCAUUUGUAUUGGACACCUUGUGUCGCACAUUGUAUCGACUUAAUGUUAGAGGAUUUUAAGAAAAAGAUCACACUGCACAAAGAGACAAUUGCAAGCGCUAAGAAAAUCACAACCUUCAUUUAUGCAAGAACAAGUCUAAUUUCAUUAUUGCAUAAAUUUACUAAAGAAGGUGAUUUGAUUCUUCCCGACAUAACUCGAUUUGCCACUUCAUAA